GCUUUCCUAAUCAUCACUGCCGUUCGCAUCCUCUCCACCUGAGGUCCGUGCUAAGUUGACGACUUCGUCCCUGCUUGCGUUACAUGUUACAUAUCGACGCUGGCUUGGUCAUGCAGUACUUACCGCCACCUGUAAAUCCGUUAUAGCCAUUGCGAUGCUAAGGUUAAGUUGAAUUCAACAAUGUUUUUCCAGCGUAUCAUCUAGGACGCUCAAAGCCUUAUCGCGAAUAUUCACGCCAGAUGGAGUACAUGUCUCCGUCAUCCGUGCGAGCCUUUGUGUUGUCUUCCAAAGGGCCGGUGGGGCACUAUCGAUUCCUCUUGAAGUAUAAAAGGGCUAGAGCUUCUCAGAUCUCAUUCCUCCAAGCCCUUCCGCCUUCCCCAACCACUCUUUUCUCUAGCACUUCAUUACACACCAUUGAACCAUGCCCGCCAUUAAUUCUGGCAAAGUACUCGUUACCGGUGCGAACGGUUACAUCGCUGUUUGGGUCGUAAAGGCCCUUCUUGAGCAGGGUUUCUCGGUCCGCGGUACGGUCCGCUCAGCUUCGAAGGGUGCGCACUUGAAGGAGACUUUCAAGUCGUACGGCGAUAAGCUUGAGCUCGUCGUCGUCGAGGACAUCACCAAAGACGGUGCUUUCGAUGAAGCAGUCAAAGAUGUCGACGCCAUCGAACACACCGCGUCUCCUUUCCACUUCAAUGCAGAAGAUCCCGCCGAGCUCAUCACCCCCGCUGUAGCCGGUACAGGCAGCGUGCUCCAAUCUGCACUUAAAUAUGGCAUCAACGUCAAACGCGUUGUCGUGCUCUCCUCUUGCGCUUCCGUUAUCGAUACCUCCCUACCUCAGCCGGUUACCUUCAGCGAAGCCGACUGGAAUGACUACUCUAUUCGUGAGGUCCAGGCAAAGGGAAAGAAUGCGACUGCUGGGGACAAGUAUCGCGCCAGUAAGACAUUGGCGGAGAAAGCUGCUUGGGUGUUCUAUGAAAAGUACAAGGGCGAGUUGCAGUGGGAUCUGGUUGUGUUGAACCCGCCUUUCGUGUUCGGUCCCGUGUUACACGCUGUAGAUUCCCCCGAGUCGCUUAACACUUCCGUGAAAGAUUGGUACACUUUCGUGUUAAAGGGCAAGGGAGACCCUCAAGCUGUCGCUACAUUCGCGAGUGCUUGGGUUGAUGUCCGUGAUCUUGCGGAAGCUCACGUCCUCGCAAUCAAGAAGGAAGUGGCUGGCGGCAAUCGUAUCAUUGUCUCUGCAGGAUCCUUCAAGUGGCAGGAUUGGGUGAUCGAGGCGCGAAAGUUCGCACCCGAGAUUCCACUAGGCGACACCUCUUACAAGUCACCAGAAAUUUAUCCUUUGCAGUACGACACCUCUAGAGGCACGAGGCUACUUGGAAUUCCUUUCCGUACUAAGGAGGAGACUACACGAGACAUUAUCGCUAACUUCAAGGAGAAGGGCUGGUUCUAAGUCCUUGGUAAGAAAAGAGAUUUGUAUAUUCUGAGGUUCACUUGUAUUUGUGGGAAGAAAUAGAUUCAUCAUCGAUG